CUAAGCAAUGCAUUGAAGAAGGCGCCCUAUCGACCACAGCCACUUCACGGGCGCUGCUGCGCCAUUACAGGACCGCUAAGGGUCCGCUGCACUAUACACUGCCUCCUUAACCUCCAUCACCAAGACCGGCCCAUUCCCGGACCGUCCUGCACCGCGCGCCUGUCGGCCCCGCGUCGCUCCAGUAGGCUCCUAUCCAGCCGACGAAGAGUUGCGCCGUGCGUGACGGGUCCGACGACAGAGUGGCGGCCUGCUGACGCCAGUCAGCCAGACACAGGGGCAGACUCCGGAGUACCGUCGCCGGCGGUGUGGCUCCGCGGGGCGCGGCGAGCGGGCGCGCGUGCACCGGCGAGCCCGGCUAUGGACACGAUCUGUACCGGACUGGUGAUAGUCGCUGUUCUGAGCACAACAGGCGCGGACGCUCUCAGCUGCUACGCCUGUGUGCCCCGGGAACAGAUCGCCGGCGUGCCGCUGCCAGCCACCAUCGCCAACAAAACCGUCUAUUUCCCGCAUUGCGACCAGAUACGAGCUAACGCGCCCGAUGACCGCUUCCGAAUGACCUGCCCGGUCGGCCUCAACCGGUCCUGCAUCAAAAUCAGAGACGACCGCGGUAACGAGAUGCGCAGCUGCUUCUCCUCGGCCGAGGAGCGCUGCACCAAGGCCACCAAACAGGGACAGGUGCUCUGCAUGUGUCGUGGUAACUUCUGUAACUCGGCCCCGGCGGCGCUGACACCCGCCGCCGCCCUGGGGGCCCUCUCCCUGACGCUCUGCCUCCUCCGGCCGCGCUACUAGCGCCGCCCUGCGGAGUUUGUGAGAACCACCACGUCUGGCUGAGCUGAGCUGCCAUCUAGUGGUGACCCGACACGCUGUCCCUGCCAUCUGGGGGCUGAAAAGAUAGUGCUAAGACCCCAGGACCUCUCAUGAGUGACUCUUUAGCUUCCAAUCGAUAAUUCAGAGAUGUUGCUUCCACCUACCGUCGUUUACACAGGAGGCGUUUUGUGCGCCCACCUAUAUGAUCUCGCUGCAUUUGAAGGACCACUGCUGACAUACGCGCGACCCCGGCGAGCGUUGGGCCACUUGUGUGGGUUCGAGCACUACCGGCGUGUACAAAAAAAGGUGUCAGUAGCUGUGACACUGGCUGCCGGGGCUGCGUAAGAUGCAUGCACAGCUGCAGUGUAUCAUUUGUGUGUCAGUUACACCACAGACCAUCUGGCAGCCGGGGCUACACCGUCCAAGCGCGCUGUAUCUCGCGCGAUGACUAUAUGUGUAAAAAUGUCAACUAUAUGUAUGUGUGAUAUAACUAUAUGUAAAUGUGUCAGUGAGCAGUGUCAGUACCAUCUUCUGCCGAUGAUACAUCAUUUUGUGAA